AGGAAGAACCUUCUCCUGCAGCUGAACGUCACCUUCGGUCCGGCCCCGUACAUCGGCACUAUUCGGUAAGGCCCAAUACAACACGUGCAGUAUACGGGAUACCACGUUUUUUAUAUAUAGUUUAUAGGACUGCCCCCUUCAUUCCACCCGGUCUUGGCUGGCAUUUGACUUUCUUUCGUCUUCUCUCUUGGACAUAAAAUACCUAUAUACUUAGACACCAGGUAGGUAAGUAAUAAGGAAAUCAAACUCUACAAGCUUACCAGCUGCCUAAUCCAACAUAUCUAUUCUUCUUUACCCCAGGAUUAUCUUAAUUUUUAUACAAGACUUUUAUAUCAAACGAUCAAGAUGGCUAUGAAAUCUGGUACUUUUUUGCAUGACGCUACACAACCCCCUAAAUCGGACCGGAUACUGCCGUUGUUCUCCCUCAAGGGCAGGACAGCAAUCGUUUCUGGAGCCGGAGCUGGAAUUGGUCUUGCGAUUGCACAAGGAUUUGCCGAAGCGGGUGCCAAUGUCGCGAUCUGGUAUAACUCUAACAAGAAGGCACUUGAGGAAGCUGCCCAGAUCGAGAAAGACUAUGGUGUCAAGUGCAAAGCCUACCAGGUCAACGUGACCACCUGGGAAACAGUGCAGACGGCCGUCGACGAGAUCGUGAAGGAAUUCAACGGGCGCCUGGACAUCUUCGUCGCGAACUCCGGCAUCCCGUGGGCGUACAAGUCCUUCCUCGACACCCCGACCGACGAGCUGCACAAGCUGCUCAAGAUCAACCUCGACGGCACCUUGUACUGCGCCAAGGCCGCGGGCCUGCACUGGAGACGCCAGAAGCAGGAGGGGACGACGGUCGAUGGGAAACCGCUUGAGAAUUAUAGUUAUGGCAGUUUUAUCGCGACCUCGAGCAUGAGCGGCCAUAUCGCGAAUAUCCCGCAGCAGCAAAUGGUGUAUAAUGCGUCCAAGGCUGCGAUCACCCAUGCGUGCAAAUCGUUGGCGGUCGAGUGGGUUGGGUUCGCCCGUUCCAACUCCGUUUCACCGGGCUAUAUCAAGACCGGAUACAUUCCGGAGGACGCCAAGAAUGUCUUCAAGGACAAGAUCCCGAUGGGACGUGAGGGCGAAACUGGAGAGUUGAAGGGCGUCUAUCUGUACUUGGCGUCUGAUGCGGCUUCGUACACGACUGGCACCGACAUCAUUGUUGAUGGUGGCUACUGUGUGCCGUAGAUGGAGUUUCGGGGGGCGGGAAGCGUGAAUUUGGAGCGGGUUGCUUUCACUAUGCUGUGCUAGCAUGAGCGGAUAUUCAGAUGACGUGCCUAGCGCUAGACUGGCUGGAGAGAUUUCCUCUUCGUUGCCUACCUAAUAUGAUAGAAAGGAAAAGAGUCAAGAUUAUUCCAUUUGCUAUAGAUACCUACCCAUGUCGAAGGGGUUUCUUAUUUCUUCGUCCUUUCCCUCCUUGGGUUGAUAUUGGAUGAUUUUAUAGAGAUAGAGAUAGACAUAAAGCAUUCCUAGCUCGUAAUCCAUAGCUUAUAGCUCAAAGCUCACAGUUCAUACCUAGCCUAUGGUUUGUACGUAUUUCGUAAUUCAUCACACUGUCUUAACCAAACUAGAACAUAUGUGUUUGAAGUUGAGGUGUCUUGUAUCAGCUGUAUAUAAUGACUGCUUAUGGCGGAUAUGCUAAGAUAUUUUUUUACUGGUCGUGUAACGAAAAUAUCGAGGGCACGCGACAGUAACAUUUGGAGCUUGAAUGGUACCUGAAAAGGCCUGACGAUUACGUAGCUGGCGUAUGGUUGGUGAUGAUACGAUGAC